ACUCGCGAACCCCACCCCCACCCUCUCUCUCUCUCUUUUCUUCCCUUUCUCCCAUCGUUUCGUGGUUUCCACCUCUCUUUCUAUCUCUCUCGCUCUCAGACCCAUCGAUUUGCCUGUUGCUGUUCAACUCUCACCAAUUAUCGGAUGUGCGUGUUUCCGGUAUCAUUCUGUAUCUUCUCCCUCAGUAGUUGAAAGUCGAGAAGUCGAGGUGAGAUGACUACGCAAAGAUCAAGCUUGCCGUCGAGGCUGCGGCAGCUUCUAUCUGGCGAGGGCUCCUUUGGUCCUUCUAUCAAACUCGACUCCGAGCCUCCUCCCAAAAUCAAAGCUUUUAUUGACCAGGUGAUCCAGUGUCCAUUGCAUGAUAUAGCAAUACCUCUUUCUGGUUUUCGAUGGGAAUAUAAUAAGGGGAAUUAUCAUCAUUGGAGGCCUCUAUUUCUGCAUUUUGAUACAUAUUUCAAGACAUAUUUAUCUUGUAGGAAUGACCUUCUUUUGUCUGAUAAAAUUUUAGAAGAUGAUAGUCCAUUUCCCAAACAUGCAAUUCUACAGAUUCUGCGUGUCAUGCAGAUAGUAUUAGAGAAUUGCCAUAAUAAGGGCUCUCUCGAUGGAUUAGAGCAUUUCAAGCUCCUUCUUGCAUCAACAGAUCCUGAAGUUCUUGUAGCUGCAUUGGAAACUCUUUCUGCUCUAGUCAAAAUAAAUCCCUCAAAACUUCAUGGAAGGGGGAAGUUGAUUGGUUGUGGUUCUGUAAAUAGCUAUCUCCUGUCUCUUGCACAGGGAUGGGGAAGCAAGGAGGAGGGCUUGGGUUUAUAUUCAUGUGUUGUUGCAAAUGAGAGAACCCAAGAGAAAGGACUAUGCCUAUUUCCGCAUGAAGUAGAAAAUGAUAUGGAUAAUGCUCAGUACCGGAUAGGUUCUAGCCUAUAUUUUGAAUUGCACGGCUCUGGUGCUAAAGAUAGCGAUGAAAGCAGUUCAAGUUCAAACUCUUUUAAUUCCCGGGUUAUACACAUACCAGAUUUACAUUUAAAGAAGGAAGAUGAUUUGGUUGUGUUGAAACAGUGUAUUGAGCUGUAUAAUGUACCUCCUGAGUUUAGAUUCUCGCUCUUGACCAGGAUCAGAUAUGCUCGUGCGUUUCGAUCUUCUAAAGUAUGCAGGCUAUAUAGUAGAAUAUGCCUUCUUGCCUUCAUUGUACUUGUUCAGUCUGGUGACUCUCACGAUGAACUUGUUGCCUUCUUUGCUAAUGAACCAGAAUAUACUAAUGAGUUAAUUAGAAUUGUGCGGUCAGAGGAAACUGUUUCUGGGUCCAUUAGGACACUUGCUAUGCUUGCUCUGGGAGCUCAGUUAGCUGCAUAUUCAUCAUCUCAUGAGCGGAGGAUUUUGAGUGGAUCUAGCAUCAGUUUUGCUGGGGGGAACCGUAUGAUACUCUUGAAUGUGCUGCAGAAGGCAAUUUUAUCAUUGAAAACCUCAAACGAUCCAUCAUCUCUUGCCUUUGUAGAAGCACUCCUUCAGUUCUAUUUACUUCAUGUGGUUUCCUCAUCAGCUUCAGGAAACAACAUCCGGGGUUCAGGUAUGGUUCCCACUUUCCUACCUCUAUUGGAGGAUUCAGACCCUUCCCAUUUGCAUCUUGUUUGUUUUGCCGUGAAAACGUUACAAAAGCUCAUGGAUUUCAGCAGUUCUGCUGUAUCUCUUUUUAAGGAGUUGGGGGGAGUUGAAAUUUUGGUUGAAAGGCUGCAGACAGAAGUACAUAGAGUAAUUGGCUUAAGUGGAACUAAUACUGAUUCAAUGAUUAUUGGUGAGAGCUCCAGAUGUAAUGAUGACCAAUUGUAUAACCAAAAACGGCUGAUUAAGGUUUCAUUGAAGGCACUCGGAGUUGCUACAUAUGUCCCAACGAACUCUACAAAUUCUUUACCUGUCAUACUGUCACAGAUAUUUGGCAAUAUAGAUAAAUUUGGUGGUGAUAUUUAUUGUUCAGCUGUGACUCUAAUGAGUGAAAUCAUCCACAAAGAUCCCACCUGUUAUCCUUCAUUGCAUGAUAUGGGUCUUCCGGAUGCAUUUUUAGCUUCAGUGGCUGCUGGGAUACUGCCUUCUCCUAAGGCAGUUACUUGUAUUCCUAAUGGGAUUGGUGCAAUUUGUCUAAAUGCCAGGGGAUUGGAAGCAGUGAAAGAAACUUCUGCACUGAGGUUUCUUAUUGACAUUUUUACCAAAGAAAAAUAUGUUUUGGCAAUGAAUGAAGCAAUUGUUCCUCUGGCCAAUGCAGUAGAAGAGCUUUUGCGCCACGUUUCAUCAUUGCGAAGCACUGGAGUUGAUAUUAUCCUUGAAAUAAUUGAAAAAAUUAGUUCCCUUGGGGAAAAAGACCCAAUUGGCUCAUCAGAAAAGCUUAAUGGGAAUACUGCAAUGGAAACAGAUUCUGAUGACAAAGAAAAUAACAGCAAUUGCUCUCUUGUUACAGAAGAAGGGAUUAAUAACGAUCAAGUCAUUCAGUUAUGCAUUUUUCAUCUGAUGGUAUUGGUACACAGGACAAUGGAGAAUUCUGAAACAUGUAGGGUUUUUGUGGAGAAUUCUGGAAUUGAGGCUUUAUUGAAGCUGCUUUUACGACCUAGCAUUGCUCAGUCAUCAAAUGGAACUAUUGCUUUACACAGUACAAUGGUUUUCAAGGGUUUUACCCAGCAUCAUUCUGCUCCCUUGGCUCGUGCGUUCUGCUCCUUGCUAAGAGACCAUCUAAAGAAAGCCUUGACUGGGUUUGGCUUGAUUUCUGGGUCCUUUUUACUCGACCCCAGGACAACUCCAGAUGAAAAGAUAUUUACUUCACUUUUUCUUGUUGAGUUCCUCUUGUUUCUUGCCGACUCUAAAGACAAUCGAUGGGUGACUGCAUUGCUUACUGAAUUUGGAAAUGAGAGCAAGGAUGUACUUGAAGAUAUUGGACGUGUACAUCGUGAAAUUUUGUGGCAGAUUGCACUCCUUGAAGAUGUAAAACCUGAUUUAGAAGAUGAGAGUACUGGUUCUGUUACUGAGUUGCAAAACUCGGAGGUCCAUACAAAUGAAGUUGAAGAGCAAAGGUUUAAUUCUUUCAGGCAGUUCCUUGAUCCUUUAUUGAGGAGGACAUCUGGAUGGAGCAUUGAAUCUCAGUUUUUUGACCUUAUUAACUUGUAUCGGGACCUUGGCCGUGCCCCUAGUUCUCUUCAGAGGAUGGGUUCUGAUAGUUCAUCUUUCCUGCAAUUUGGAGCUGGUAAUCAAGGACUGCGUGCAGGGUCUUCUGACACCACUGGGACCUCUAACGGAAAAGAACAUUCCAAUCAAAGAAAUUGUUAUGCUUCUUGUUGCGACCUGGUGAGAUCCCUUUCUUUCCAUACUACCCAUUUGAUUCAAGAGUUAGGGAAGGUGAUGCUGCUUCCAUCUCGUCGACGUGAUGAUGUGGUAAAUGUAUCGUCAUCCUCAAAAGCUGUGGCUUCCACUUUGUCCUCCCUUGUGUUAGAUCACAUGAAUUUUGGGGGUCAUGUGAAUGCUUCUGGAUCUGAGGGAUCAAUAUCAACCAAGUGCCGUUAUUUUGGGAAGGUUAUUGAUUUUUUGGAUGGCAUAUUACUGGACAGACCAGAUUCCUGUAAUCCUGUUUUGCUAAAUUGCUUGUAUGGGCAUGGAGUCGUGCACUCAGUUCUGACCACUUUUGAAGCUACAAGCCAGUUGCUUUUCACAAUAAAUAGGGUACCUGCUUCUCCUAUGGAAACCGAUGAUGCAACUUUAAAGCAGGAUGAAAAGGCAGAUAAUGAUCAUUCAUGGAUUCAAGGCCCCUUAGCAAGCUAUGGAAGACUCAUGGAUCACCUGGUUACCUCAUCAUUUAUAUUAUCUUCAUUCACUAAGCAUUUGCUUGCACAACCUCUGACUAGUGGAGAUGUUGCCUUUCCUCGUGAUGCAGAGACUUUUGUGAAGGUCCUCCAGUCCAUGGUUCUGAAGGCUGUUCUCCCUGUUUGGACACAUCCCCAAUUUAUUGACUGUAGUUCUGAAUUUAUUACUACCGUUAUAUCUAUCAUUAGGCAUAUAUAUUCUGGGGUUGAGGUUAAAAAUGUUAGUAGCAAUUCCAGUGCUCGUAUUACUGGCCCUCCUCCAAAUGAAACAGCAAUUUCAACAAUUGUUGAGAUGGGUUUCUCGAGGAGCAGGGCUGAAGAAGCAUUGAGGCAAGUUGGAUCUAACAGUGUGGAAUUGGCCAUGGAGUGGUUGUUCUCACACCCAGAGGAAGUCCAAGAGGAUGAUGAGCUUGCUCGUGCGCUUGCCCUGUCAUUAGGAAACUCUGAGUUGGAAAUGAAGGAACCUGUUUCAAGUGAGGUCUCGAAGCAGAUAGAAGAGUCUGUCCAUCUACCUUGUACCGAGGAGUUGUUAUCUACAUGUAUAAGGCUUUUGCGAGCCAAAGAAGCACUGGCAUUCCCAGUUAGAGACCUGCUUGUGAUGAUUUGUUCUCAAAAUGAUGGUCAAAACCGGUCUAAGGUCAUCUCUUUUCUAAUUGACAGUGUGAAGGGCUGUGAUACAGUUGCUGACAGUGGAAAUAGUACUACAUUAUCUGCUCUUUUUCAUGUUAUUGCCUUAAUCCUUAAUGAUGAUACUGUGGCACGAGAGUCUGCCUAUAAGAAUGGUUUGGUUGCAGUUUCCUCAAAUCUACUUUCGCGAUGGGACUCUGGAUUGUCUGAUGGGGUUAAAGUUGAAGUUCCUAAGUGGGUUACAGCUGCAUUUCUUGCCAUUGAUCGGCUUUUGCAGGAGGAGAAGAAAUUCAAUCCUGAAAUCGCAGACCAGCUGAAAAGGGAUAAUGUUGGUGGUGACACUUUGACUAUUGAUGAAGACAAACAAAAUAAGUUGCAGUCUGCCUUGGGACUUUCCCCAAAGUAUAUUGAUGUUGGCAAUCAAAAGAAACUCAUUGAAAUUGCUUGCAGCUGUAUGAAGAAAAGGCUUCCUUGUGAAACAAUGCAUGCUGUGCUGCAGUUAUGCUCCAGUCUCACCAGAUCUCAUUCUGUUGCUGUUAGUUUCCUUGAAGCAGGGGGCUUAACCUCCCUGCUUUCUUUACCAACAACUAGCCUCUUUCCUGGGUUCGACAGUAUUGCAUCUACUAUUAUCCGUCACAUCCUUGAAGAUCCUCAAACUCUGCAGCAGGCAAUGGAAUCUGAAAUCAAGCACACCCUUAUCACUGCUAUGAACAGGCAUCCAAAUGGCAGGGUAACCCCCAGAAACUUUUUGUUAGGUUUAAAUUCUGUUAUUACACGGGAUCCUGUGAUAUUUAUGCGAGCUGCUCAAUCUGUCUGCCAAAUUGAGAUGGUUGGUGAGAGGCCUUACAUUGUAUUGCUGAAAGAUCGAGAAAAGGAUAAGAGCAAAGAGAAAGACAGAGAGAAGGAAAAAUCAAUGGAGAAAGAGAAAAUACAGAAUCAUGAUGUGAAAGUUGCUUUGGGUAAUGCGAAUUCUGCCCUUAUUGGAAAUGUGCACAGCAAGCCUCAUGAUUCGAACUUAAGAAGUAGUCGUGUUCAUAAAAAAUCCUCCCAGAAUUUCAUAAACGUGAUUGAGCUUCUUUUGGAGUCUGUUUAUACAUUUAUACCUCCUAUGAAGGAUGAUGUUACCGUGGAGUUGGCCUGCAGUGCCCGAGCCUCGUCUGAUAUGGACAUUGACGUUUCUGCUGUGAAGGGAAAAGGGAAAGCCAUUGCUUCUUUGUCUGAAGAUAAUGAUGCAAAUAGCCAGGAAGCUUCUGCAUCAUUGGCAAAAGUCGUGUUUAUUUUGAAGUUAUUGACAGAGAUUUUGUUGAUGUAUGCCUCCUCAGUUCAUGUCCUGCUUCGGAAGGAUACUGAAGUUUGUUGUUCCAGACCUGUUCAUCAAAGGGGCUCGAGUGGCGGAUGCACCGGUGGAAUAUUUCACCACAUCCUUCAUGAAUUUAUCCCAUUAUCUCGAAAUUCUAAGAAGGAAAAGAAAGUUGAUGGUGACUGGAAGCAUAAAUUAGCAACCAGGGGGAGUCAGUUUCUGGUUGCAUCGUGUGUCCGUUCCAGUGAGGCAAGGAGAAGGAUUUUUGUGGAGGUUGGUUCUAUUCUGAACCAAUUUAUUGAUCCAUGUAACGGUUCUAGGCCACCGAGCAGUGACCUUCAAGCAUUUGUUGACCUGCUAAAUGAUAUGUUAGCAGCCCGUACACCCACUGGCUCAUACAUCACUACAGAAGCUUCUGCUACUUUUAUUGAUGCUGGUCUCGUUAGUUCUUUCACUCAAAUUCUUAAAGUGCUGGAUCUGGACCAUCCAGACUCGCCUAAAGUUGUUACAGGUCUUAUUAAAGCCCUGGAACUGGUAACCAAGGAACAUGUUCAAUUGGCAGAUUCUAAUACAGGAAAGGGGGAUAAUUCAUCAAAAACUCCCGAUCACAAUCAACCUGGAGGUGAGAAUAUUGGCGAGACACCCAGGUCAAUGGAAACAGCAUCACAGUCCAAUCAUGAAUCGACCCCAGCCGAUCAGACUGAGUCAUAUAAUGCUAACCAGAACUAUGUUGGUUCAGAGGCUGUUACAGAUGAUAUGGAGCAUGACCAAGAUCUUGAUGGGGUUUUUGGUCCCAAUGGAGAGGAUGAGUACAUGCAUGAAACUUCUGAGGAUGCACGGGGUCUUGAAAACGGCAUUGAUACUGUGGAUAUUCGAAUUGAAAUUCAACCUCAUGGACCAGAAAAUCUUGAUGAGGAUGACAACGAGGAGAUGUCUGGGGAUGAUGGUGAUGAAGUGGAUGAAGAUGAGGAUGAGGAUGAGGAUGAGGAGGAGCAGAAUGAUCCAGAAGAGGAUGAAGUCCACCAUCUUCCACAUCCUGAUACAGACCAUGAUGAUCAUGAGAUUGAUGAUGAUGAAUUUGAUGAGGUACUGGAGGAAGAUGAUGAAGAUGAUGAGGAUGAUGAAGAUGGUGUUAUAUUAAGACUGGAAGAGGGUAUUAAUGGAAUAAAUGUUUUUGAUCAUGUUGAGGUUUUUGGAAGAGAUACUUCUCAAAAUGAAACUCUCCAUGUGAUGCCAGUUGAAAUAUUUGGCUCUAGACGUCAAGGGCGCACAACUUCCAUUUAUAAUCUUUUGGGAAGAACAGGAGAUAAUGUUGCACCCACACGACAUCCUCUUUUAGGUGGUCCUGCUUUGCAUGCAGCUCCUUUUAGACCUUCGGAGAAUAAUCGGGAUAUGGUUCUUUCAGAAAGGACCUUGGAAAACAAUUCUUCUGGGCUGGAUACUGUUUUCAGGUCUUUGAGAAGUGGUCGCCAUGGGCACCGGCUAAACUUGUGGGCCAAUGAUAACCAGCAUAGUGGUGGCUCUAGCAAUGGUGCAAUACCCCAAGGCCUUGAGGAGUUUCUUGUUUCCCAGUUGAGGAGACCAACUCCUGAGAAGUCGUCUGAACUCAAUGCUACAGUAGAGCCUGAUAAUAAAGAUAGCAGUGGACAAAUACAGACAUCAGAACCCAGUGGAAGGUCUGAGACUAUUGUUGAGAACAGUGGGCAGCAUGAUAGAGAUGGUUUACCACCGCCUGGGCCAAUCAAUAUUUUUGAUGGCUCCAACAGUGGACCCGCCGUAAUUGAAUCACUGCAAGGAACACAGGUGACUCAACAAACGCAACCUGUUGAGAUGCAAUUUGAACCUGGUGAUGCAGCCGUGCGGGAUGUCGAAGCUGUAAGUCAAGAAAGUGGUGGAAGUGGUGCAACUUUAGGGGAGAGUCUUCGGAGUCUGGAUGUAGAAAUUGGAAGUGCAGACGGUCAUGAUGAUGGUGGAGAUAGACAAGGUUCUGCUACGGAUAGAAUGUCAUUGGGUGAUUCACAAGCUGCUCGCAUGAGGAGGACCAAUGUUUCUUACAGUAAUUCUGCCCCUCUAAGUGGGAGAGAUGCAUCUCUACAUAUUGUGACUGAAGUUUCAGAAAAUUCAAGUCGGGAGGCUGAUGAGGAGGGUCCGGUUGGGGAACAGCAAACUAACAGUGAUACCGGUUCAGGGGCAAUAGAUCCUGCAUUUUUGGAUGCUCUUCCUGAGGAAUUACGUGCUGAAGUUCUUUCAACCCAACAGGGUCAAGUGGUGCAGCCACCAAACAAUGAGCCACAGAAUGCUGGAGACAUCGAUCCAGAAUUCUUGGCAGCACUUCCUCCAGAUAUUCGAGCUGAAGUUCUAGCACAGCAGCAAGCACAAAGGCUGCAUCAAUCUCAGGAGCUGGAGGGUCAGCCUGUUGAGAUGGAUACUGUGUCGAUAAUCGCUACAUUCCCUUCUGAUCUUCGAGAAGAGGUUUUGCUAACUUCCUCUGAAGCUAUUCUUGCUAAUCUCACGCCUGCUCUUGUUGCUGAGGCAAAUAUGUUGCGUGAGAGAUUUGCACAUCGUUAUCACAACCGUGCUCUCUUUGGCAUGUAUCCUAGAAACCGCAGAGGUGAAAGUUCCAGAAGAGUUGAAGGUAUUUCUGGCUUGGACAGAACUGGUGGCAGCAUUUCCUCUCGCAGAUCUCUUGGAGCUAGGCUCAUUGAAGCUGAUGGAGCUCCCUUAGUUGAUACAGCUGCUUUGUAUGCUAUGAUACGGUUGCUUCGUGUAGUGCAGCCUUUGUAUAAAGGUCAACUGCAGAGGCUACUUUUAAAUUUGUGCGCUCAUAAUGAAACCAGGACGUCAUUGGUGAAAAUUCUUAUGGACAUGUUGCUAUUUGAUAGAAGAAAGCUUGCUAGCCAGUCAAAUUCUACUGAGCUUUCAUAUCGCCUUUAUGCUUGUCAACGUAAUGUCAUAUAUUCACGUCCUCAAUUUUUCGAAGGUGCUCCUCCUUUGGUGUCAAGACGAGUUCUAGAAACUCUAACCUAUUUGGCCAGGAAUCAUCCAUAUGUAGCUAAGAUAUUACUUCAGUUCAAGUUUUUCAGACCCACAUUACGGGAAUCAGAGAGUGCAUAUCAGGAUUGUGGUAAAGCAGUGAUGGCAGUUGAACAUAAUCUACAGUCCGAAGGUUACUUGUCAAUUGCGUUACUUCUAGGCCUUCUAAACCAACCCCUGUAUUUGAGAAGUAUUGCUCACCUUGAGCAGCUGCUCAAUUUAUUGGAAGUGAUCAUUGAUAACGCCGAAAGCAAAUCACACUCACCCGAGCAAUCUGCACCUUCUACUGCUGAGCAACCAGCUGUUCCUGAAGUUUCCUCAUCUGAUGCUGAAUUGAAUGCAGAUUCUGGUGGCGUAUCCUCUGGGGUUGGAACAUCAUCUAAGAUUGGUGCAUACUCUAAAACAACAGCUUCAACUUCUGAUGGUGAAUUUGAUAGCCAUAGUAUUCUAGCAAAGCUGCCAGAAGCAGAAUUACGGCUUCUGUGCUCACUCUUAGCACGAGAAGGGUUGUCAGACAAUACUUAUGCUCUUGUGGCAGAGGUGAUGAAGAAGCUUGUAGCCAUUGCUCCAAUUCAUUGUCGCCUGUUCAUUACUGAGCUAUCAGAAUCUGUCCAGAAGUUGACAAGAUCGGCUAUGGAUGAGUUGCACAUGUUUGGAGAGGCAGUGAAAGCACUCCUCAGUACAUCAUCUUCUGAUGGAGCUGCAAUAUUAAGAGUUCUUCAGGCAUUAAGCUCUCUUGUUGCAUCACUGGUUGAAAAAGGAAAAGAUUCUUCAAUUCUUCCUGAAAAAGAGCAUGCUUCUGCCCUUACUUUGGUUUGGGAUAUCAAUGCUGCUUUGGAGCCCUUGUGGCUAGAGCUGAGCACCUGUAUUAGCAAAAUUGAGAGCUAUUCAGAUUCUUCACCUGAUAUGCUGGCUUCAUUUCGAACUCCUACAAUGAAGCCAGCUGGUGUAACACCCCCACUUCCCGCUGGAAGUCAGAAUAUAUUACCAUACAUUGAAUCUUUUUUUGUGGUUUGUGAGAAGUUGCAUCCUACCCAGACUGGUUCAGAUCAAGAGGUGAAUAUUGCUACGGUCUCUGAGGUUGAGGAUGCUAGCGUUUCUGCAACACAGCAAAGAACUACAGUACCAACCCAAAAAGUUGAUGAAAAACAUGUUGCUUUCGUUAGGUUCUCAGAGAAGCACAGAAAACUAUUGAAUGCUUUUAUUCGGCAAAAUCCUGGAUUGUUGGAGAAGUCUUUCUCCCCUAUGUUGAAGGUCCCUCGAUUUAUUGAUUUUGACAAUAAGCGUUCUCAUUUUAGAUCAAAAAUAAAGCACCAACAUGAUCAUCAUCAUAGUCCUUUGAGAAUUUCUGUUAGGAGGGCAUACAUUCUUGAAGAUUCGUACAAUCAGUUGCGAAUGAGAUCGACACAAGAUUUGAAAGGUAGGCUGACAGUUCACUUCCAAGGAGAGGAAGGUAUUGAUGCUGGUGGGCUUUCAAGGGAAUGGUAUCAGUUACUAUCCAGGGUUAUCUUCGACAAGGGAGCAUUGCUUUUCACGACUGUUGGCAAUGAUUCAACAUUUCAGCCGAACCCCAAUUCUGCUUUCCAAACAGAGCAUCUAUCAUAUUUUAAAUUCGUUGGGCGAGUGGUUGGUAAAGCGCUUUAUGAUGGACAGCUAUUGGAUGUCCAUUUCACGCGGUCGUUUUACAAGCAUAUUCUUGGAGUCAAAGUUACCUAUCACGACAUUGAAGCUAUUGAUCCCGAUUACUACAAAAACUUGAAAUGGAUGCUUGAGAAUGAUAUUAGUGAUGUUUUGGACCUUACAUUUAGUGUUGAUGCGGAUGAGGAGAAGCUGAUCCUCUAUGAAAGGACAGAGGUGACUGACUAUGAACUGAUUCCUGGUGGACGGAACACUAAAGUCACAGAGGAGAAUAAGUACCAAUAUGUUGAUCUAGUUGUUGAGCAUCAGCUAACAACGGCUAUACGUCCUCAGAUUAAUGCCUUUCUUGAUGGUUUCCACGAAUUAAUUCCUAGGGAACUAAUAUCUAUUUUUAAUGACAAGGAACUUGAGUUGUUAAUUUGUGGGCUCCCAGAUAUUGAUCUGGACGAUAUGCGAGCGAACACAGAAUAUUCAGGAUAUAGUGCUGCAUCUCCUGUCAUACUGUGGUUUUGGGAGGUUGUUCAAUCCUUCAGCAAAGAAGACAAGGCCCGCCUUUUGCAGUUUGUGACUGGCACCUCAAAGGUGCCAUUAGAAGGUUUCAGCGCUCUGCAGGGAAUUUCUGGUUCACAGAAGUUUCAAAUACACAAGGCAUAUGGCAGCCCAGAACACUUACCAUCUGCUCACACAUGCUUUAACCAGCUAGAUUUACCGGAGUAUCCUUCAAAACAGCAUCUGGAGGAAAAACUACUUCUUGCAGUUCACGAGGCAAAUGAAGGAUUCGGGUUUGGUUAAAAAAGGUGCAGUUGUGAAAAGUGGAAAAGCAGGUAUAAACAGUGUAUAAUAUAAUUGGCAUUUCGAAGUUGUGGGUGGAAAGAGAAUUAGGAGGUGAAAAAUGGUGGCUUAUGACUUGUUGAGUUGAUAUAUUGUUUAUAAAAUUACUGUACAGUCGUAAAUCACUAAAGAAAUUGCUUCCGCAUAUGAAAUUUUGUCUACCUGUGUUUCUCUACCAUUGUUUUA